CCUGUCACCUAUUCCCAGCUUCUGACAAAAAUGGCAGAUAUGGCAGCUAUGCUAAACAUUCAUAUGUCCCUUCAUGCUUUGACUUGUAGGCUCUAAAGCAGUGGUGGGCAACCUGUGACCCAUCAGGGUAAGGUGAUUGUGGGCUGCGAGACAUUUUGCUGAUGUUGACUGUCUGCAGACAUGGCCCCCCGCAGCUCUCAGUGCUGCAGUUUGCCAUUCCCAGCCAAUGGGAGCUGCGGGAAGCAUGACACCAUAACCAGAGCUAGCUCAGAAGCCAAAACACAAAACUACUCAAGGUUAUGGAGAAGGGUUUACCUUUUGGGACCUUGCUUGCUUGAAUUCUCUUGGAAUAUCACUGAAUACAGGCUGAGGAGAAUGUAAUGGGCUGGACACACAGCAAAAGCAUUGCAGUCAGACUUUAGGUGCAUAAGGCACUUCAAGGUGGAAAGGUUUAUUUGUGUAUUUUAUUUUUUGUUGUUUAAAGGCUCAGUUAGCAUUCCAAGAACCACCGCUGAGCUCUGCCCAUAUCAGGCAACUGUCUCUUUCAGCUCAGAUUUUGUUUUUUGUUUUGUUUUGUUAAGGUACCAGGGAAUCAGUGAUCUAACAGUCCCAUAAGAGUUCUUACCCCCUACGAAAGCAUUCCCAGCAAUUAAACAAGAACAGAUAAUUUCUCUUUUUUCUGGAACUUGGGCUCCUACUGUCCAAGGACUCUUACCCGACCUUGGCAAACAUCAGUCUUCUUCAGGGUGACCCUGUACUCAGUCAUUGUUCAGGCUUUGCCUAGAUGGCUCCCACCAGGGUAAUCUCAAAAAUAUGGGCCGCCAGUACAAAUCUCAGCCAAAUUAUACCCCUAUGUCCCCAAAUUAUCUGAAGUUAAUAUGUAAAUGUGGUGCUGCCUUGCUCAGUCCACGCCUCUUGGUCUCCAGCAGAUGACAGCAGAGAGCUGACUCUGUUACCUUCCUUCUUCCCUAGGCUUCAGGCCACAGGGCUUACCGUACUGACUGACUUCUCUGAGUUUUUACAAGUCAAAUUGUUAAUUAGUUAGCGUUAAAAUCAAUUAAAAGUGAGUUUUUAAGAAAGGCAGCACUUGGCUCAUCUUUUCUUUGACUGAACGAUCACAAUAACAGAGUAAGACAGACAUUUCUAGGUGGUUAAACCUCCUAGAAAAACAUGUGCAUAAACGAUUUUGAAGAAAUUAGAUUGUAAUUAAGUUAAUUUAUUAAUGAUUGAUGUCUAAUUGUUAUAAUUUCAGUCAUGGAUAACUCAGAUCCUUCUUAAGUAGUGCCACUGUGAUGGUUAGAUACCACAGGGAUGAGCAGCCAUAUAUAUUAAAAAAAAAAACAACUAGACAGUGAUGUCAGAGGUAACAAAACCAAUCAAACCUCUUCCUUUUUAGCUAAUUUGCCUGCUAUAAUUCUAUUGCUGAAGUGGAGCAGUGGGGAGAGUGGGACGGUAUCAAGAGUCCUCACCAGUACAUUUUUUGGCUCCAACUAUCAAGAGAUUGGCCCCCAGUGGUGACUCCUCCUACAAUUUUGUGUAGAAUUAUGGCUUGUGUAAAAUGGGGACAGGCACACCUUCAUCACCACUCCUAUGAGGUCUGGGGAGGAGCUGAAGAGAAACAAUAACUACACAGCCCGGCACUUUGCUAUUUGUAAAGUCCUGUGUAGACUUAUGGAACUUCGUUAUUAGAAGAGAGGGUGUGAAUAGAAUAGCAUAGCUAGAGAAAUAGAUACAAAAACAGAGGGAAAGGAAGAGAGGGAUGGGGGAGUGAGAGAGGGAAAGUAGGAGAAAAAAACAGAAAGACAGACUGGGAGAAGGUGAAACAGGCAGAGGGAAAGUGUUGAGGGGAAAGGGAAAAACUUAUUGGGGGACAGAGUGAGGUGGGAGAGACACAAUGGAACUGCUCUCCUGGCUCGGGUCCCAGCUCCCAUCCUUCUGGAACAGCUUCACAACACUUGGCCUCUCUUUUGCUGUCUUUAUCCUGCUUUUCGAUCAUAUGAAGCGCAGAAAGAGAUGGAACAACUAUCCCCCGGGUCCUGUCUCCUUCCCUUUCGUUGGGAACUUGCUGCAGGUCAAUUUCCAAUGUCCUCGCCUUGGUUUAACUGAGCUCAGUGAGAAGUUUGGAAAGAUCUUCUCUCUUCAGGUUGGAUGGAAAAAUGUGGUCCUGCUGAAUGGGUUAGAAGCUGUAAAGGAAGCAUUGGUCCAGAGAUCAGAAGACUUUGCUGAUCGACCAUCCUUUUCUUUAUUUGACCAUAUGGGCUAUAGAAAAAACUGUGAAGGGAUAAUGAUGGCAAGGUAUGGCCAUGGCUGGAAGGAGCUGAGGAGAUUCACACUCUCCACCUUGAGGAAUUUUGGGCUUGGGAAGAAAUCCCUGGACCAGCGUGUGACUGAGGAAGCUGGAUGUCUAUGCUCUGCGUUCAGUUCUAAAGAUGGCCAUCCUUUCAAUCCACGCUUCCUCAUAAACAGUGCCGUCGGCAAUGUGAUGUGCUCCCUCACUUUUGGCAACCGCUUUGAGUACAACAAUGAGAAAUUCCAGAGGAUGCUACACCUGAUAGAGGAGGCUUUCAAUAUAGGAGCUGGAAUCAUGUCCCAGAUUCUGGACAUGAUGCCUUGGUUAUUGUAUAUUCCUGGGCCUCAUCAUAACAUCUUCCAACCCUAUACUGAUAGCUUUGACAUCCUAAGGGAGAUUGUGAAGGAGCACAAGGAGACUCGGGAUCCAGGCUUUACCAGAGACUUCAUUGAUGCUUUUCUGGAGGAGAUAGAAAAGGCUAAAAUGGAUCCAGAGAGCACUUUCAAUGAGGACAAUCUGAUCUUUACAGUUUUUGACCUGUUUGGUGCUGCCACUGAAACAACCACUGUAACCCUGUGCUGGGCACUGCUGUACAUGCUUCGCUAUCCUGAUGUCCAAAGAAGAGUCCAUGAGGAAAUUGAUAAGGUGAUUGGCAGGGACAGGUCACCUGAUAUAGAGGACCAAGUGAACUUGCCUUACACCAAUGCUGUGAUCUAUGAAACUCAGCGUUAUUGUGAUGUUGUUUUUGCUGGAGUGCCUCGCACGACGUACCGGGACACCGAAGUUCAAGGCUUUUUCAUCCCUAAGGGCACCACCAUCAUUGCAGUUUUGUCUUCGGUGCUGAAGGAUGAAACCGUUUGGGAGAAACCCCACGAGUUCUACCCGGAGCACUUCCUGGAUGCAGAUGGGCAGUUUGUGAAACGAGAGGCCUUCCUGCCUUUCUCUGCAGGUCGUCGCAUGUGUCUGGGGGAGCAGCUGGCCAGGAAGGAGCUCUUUCUCUUCUUCACAACCCUCCUGCAGCAUUUCACUUUCCAUAUCCCUGAGGGUCAGCCCAGGCCACGGGAUGACGGGCGUUACAUCCUCAUACAUUCCCCAGACUCCUACGAGCUGUGUGCCAGCCCCAGAUAAUGUGUUCCAGGCAUGAGCUACCAGAUCUGCGUUGAUCUGAGCUAAAGCUUCCACAGAAGAGCAAUGUAGGAAACACUUUUUUGAGAUUGAAAUAACUUUAUCUAAGUGUUUUGAAGUUUGUAAAGAAAUUAUGGCAGAGACUUAACGACACAUGAACUUUGGAUUCAAGAUGCCAACCAGAACAAUCGAUAAUUAAAAUAUUUGAUGUAUUACUUAAGAAACAAGCCCAACACAGCCAAAGCUAUAGUGAUAACUGGGAAAAUGGAACACACUGGAAACCAUAUUGGAAAAAUCAUGGAACCAACAAUAUGUCAGAAGCCUCAGUUCGGCCCCUUUUCUUUUAUGCUGUAUAGCUUCCCCCCCUUUCUCAUACCUUUUUGUGUCUUCUUAGGUUAUGAAUGCUUCAGGGCAGGGAGCUCUCUUCUCACACAUUUGCAAAGCUCCUAGCCCACUUUGGUGCCACAUAAAUAAGAACAAAUUAUAAUAGUUUUAGAACUGAUACUAGCAGUCAAAUGAGAUUUCAGGAUAAGGUGCGGAGAUAAACCUCUAUCAUGUCACUAUGUGCUGAUCAUUUUAAGAUGCAACAGCAAAUCUUACAGCACUCCCAUUUAAAAUCCCAAAGUCGAUAAAAUGGGAAACACUAAACAGAGCCAUGCUGCCUAUGUAACUCAACAGCUGUUAUUUAUAACAUACCGGCUGGGAUUGCUGUAGAGUCCAGGGGCAAAUGUAAUCCCUGUUUAUAAGGUUACUGACUCCUCAGAAGUUAAACCACAGUUGAAUUUGGGCCUAGAUUUUUUGGGAACCUUUAGUGAGAAUAAAACAAUUUGGUCUUGGGCUGUCCUUGCAAAAAUCAUGGGGUCAAAUUCAGCCCUGAGGUAAGCAGAUACAACGCCACUGGUUUAAAUGGCGUUGCACCUGCAUAUGCCAUGCCUAACUUUGGCCCUUUGUGUCUGUUCCUUUACUUGGAUUAAACAAUGAACAUCCAGCAACCAAAACCAUCAAUGUGAGGUUCACUAUUGCAGCUCAGGAACAAAAUGCAACUAAUCCCAGGUAUUGUUAAAUAAAGCGUGUGGUAGCCUGACAAGGCAUAAACUUACUAAUAUGAAACAUGGGAACACGGCCAAAACUUUGCUGAAUCUGAUACGCAGACAGGUGAAUCAUCUAACUUAUUAUCCUUUGUACUAUAUAUAUUUCCUGUAUAAAUCUUAGUCAUUUAAUCCCUGUUUAUUGUAUUAUUCUUUCUACUUGUGUGACGGUCUAACUGUAGUUUACUUAAAGGUCAACACUUCCCUUGCACUUUCUUUUUUUCUGUGACUCAAAAAUAUAAACUAUAAAUAUAUUAAAAAGCCAGACAGCA